GUAUUGCAUAACAACCACCUCUUCAUAUAUCUACUCCACUCUUUCAUAUCUCAUUAGCCUAUUAUAUCUUUACUUCACCUAAAUUCAUAUUUCAAUUAUACUAUUUUCUCUUUAAAGCCUAAUAAAUAUGAUUGACUCAUCCAUGUCAAAGACAAUGAUGGAGAAAAUAAUGUCUUCUAAUUGGUCAGAGAAUGAUGAACUUUUAAGAGAGCUUUUAGUUGAUGAGUCUCCUCUUCUUAUGUUGCCACAUGAGAGAGUAUCUGAAGUAGCCAAUUUAAGUCAUGAUUCUUCAAAAGACCAAGCUUUUAAUAGGUUCAUUUCAAAUAUUUAUUCAGGUCCUACCAUUUCAGAUAUUGAAAAUGCUUUGUUAGUUACUAACCAUAGUAACCAAUUUCAACAAAUUUCAUCAACAAGAGUUUCAAUAUUAGAAAGGAGUUUGAGUAAGAUUGAGAAUAAGUAUACUUUGAAAAUCAAAUGCUUUGGCAAUGGGUUGGGUGAUGAUGGAUAUAGGUGGAGGAAGUAUGGUCAGAAAUCCAUCAAGAAUAGCCCAAAUCCUAGGAGUUACUAUAGAUGCACCAACCCAAGGUGUGGAGCUAAGAAGCAGGUUGAGAGAUCCAAUGAGGACCCUGACACUCUCAUAAUCACUUAUGAAGGACUCCACUUACACUUUGCUUACCCUUAUUUCAUAGUGGGUCAAUCACAUCAAUCUCAAUCUCAUCCACCAAUGAAGAAGUCCAAGGCUACCUCUUCACAAGGACCAACCCAAGAACAUAAAGCAAGUGAAGUUCAUGAAGGCCAGAAUAUACAAGAAGUUCAUGAAACUCAAUCUAGAACUUCUUUGGGACUCAUUUCGUCCGUUUUAUUGGACCGCACGCAAGAUACGGUCCAAGAAAAUUUCGGCUCAGAAGGUUUGCUUGAAGAUAUGGUCCCGUUCAUGGUUAGAAACCCUACAAACAAUGUUGAUGGUGAUGAUUACUCAAAAUUUUCCUUCUCCUCACACCUUUCUCCUCCAGCAUCAUGGACUUCUGGUUUUUCCACUUCCACCUCUUGUUAUGCAGUUGGCUUAAAUCCUAGUGUUUAAAUUAUUAAUAUGUAUAUGUAAAGAUUUAGAAACUCAAUAAAUUCUAGGAGGUUGUUACAA